CAAUCUUGACAAUUCCCUUCUGAAACAAAGGACGACAUGCCGGAGUAUAUAAACAUCACCCAACCCGGCGCUCUCUCACGUCACCUGAUGGGCUCUCCUGAGACAGAGUCUUCCGAUGAAGACCAUCUGACCAUUCGAGAAUUUCCAUUGCCGCGGCUCUGAUUAGUUUCCCAGCUGCUCACUAACCGUUAUUUGCGGACGGUGACAUUGUCGUUCUCCACGAGUGCGAUGGCUCUUCACCGCAGCCUCUUUUUGGGAUACCCGUGGUCUGGUUAUGUAUCCCUACGUACGGUAAUCUUUCCAUCUUUGUCUAGUUAUUCUUCUCCAUACGGGAGGUACGGUCUCAGUCAUGACUAAUGUACAAUACCACAUUCCGAUAUGGGACCCCCCGCAGCUCCAACAUCUUCACCGUGACCACUUUGGAGACUACUUUCCCCGGUAUGUCUUCGGUAGUAGUCGGGGUAUGCAGUAAUGAAAAAUGGCACUCCAGGCUCAAUUCUUACCCAGCAGAGUCUGCCCUAUAAAUACUAUGCGGAUUCCAAACUCGGGUCCAGAAGAAGAUCCAAAGCAGUUCAAAAGAUUGUAGUUCCCAAAAAGAAAGCCCGAACGGGAAUCCCGAUUUCAUCACCACUUGAUUUUCCCACCUCCGCCAAGCCCUAUAGAUCGACAGACCGGACUACCUUCAACAUGCAUAUCUUGGUGGUGAACGAUGAUGGACCGCCCUCGAAGCGUCUUUCGCCUUACAUUCGCCCAUUCGUCAACGCCCUCCAAGACGCAGGCCACCUCGUCUCCGUAGCCAUUCCCGCCGCCUCGCGAUCCUGGAUCGGCAAAGCCCACCUGAUAGAAGCCUCCCUGAAGGCAACCUACGUACCCCCCUCUGCCUUCCGGGACGACGGAACAUGGGAUGAGACCUUCGACUCCGCAGAGACCGAGACCCAGCCCGAAUGGGUGGUCAUCCGAAAUGGCACCCCGGCCAGCUGCGUCCAAUUGGGCCUGUUCAACCUCUUCCAAGAUCGUCCCCCCGUCGACCUAGUCAUCUCCGGCCCGAACCAUGGUCGCAAUGCCUCGACUGUGUACAACCUCUCAUCCGGAACGGUCGGUGGCGCCCUCGAGGCGGCCACCUGCAGCAAGCGCGCCAUCGCUAUCUCCUUCGGAAGUAAAGAUCCGCAGCCGGAUGACAUCAUCAGCGCUGCGGCGCGACAUGCCGUGAAGGUUGUCAAUUAUCUGUACGAGCAUUGGCAUGCGGAUGUUGAACUGUACAAUCUAAACGUGCCGAUGCGGGAGGACGUGGAGAGCAGACCUGUGCGCUGGACGGAGGCCUUACCCUACUACUGGCCGCGCGGUUGUAUGUAUGGCGAAGUGACCGCGGAUAAGAAGGUGAAUGGACACACUGGGCCCGCCGUCAACGGGACGAGCGGGUCGCAUCUCAAGGAGAUAGAUUUUACCUGGGCUGCGGAGUUAUCGGAGAUGAAGAAGACCCUGCAGUCGAGUCGGGAGGGCACGGAUGCCCAUACGGUGUUGAACGGUGAUACAAGGUAUGACAUUGCCAGUGAAAACUCCCUGAGUGUGAACUUUGGAUAAGAGCUGACUUGUCUUAGCGUCACGGCUCUUCGUGCCAA